AUGACAAGUCUAUGCGCAUGUGACCACCCCGUCUUCGAUAAGUUACCGGAAGUUUCGUGGCGUUGUGUCCAAUGCUGGACGCCGGUUCCAAAAGAUGAAGAGCUUCAAGACCCUAGCACACGAGAGGAAGUGAGACACCACGUACUUCAGAGGUCAUCACUGAACUUAUCUUGGCCACAAGGCGUCCAAUAUAGUAAUGAUAACAACCUUUCCGAUCGAGUUAUUCGUGUCCUUGAGGGAAGCGUAUACAAACAAAAUCAACUAACCGCUAUUUCACAUCUUAACGACGAGGGCGAUCCGAUAGUUCGUCCUCCGAGUCAAAAUGCAAACCCUGCACCGUACCAGUACUAUCAGUACAAGUCCCUAGAGACCACGCCACUCACAACACGAAACCCACAUCUUAGAAUCCUUCGAUUGUCUGAGGGUGAACCCGGGGACCCGCUACAUGGAGGGUUACUCAUUGCAUCUAUCGAAAAUACCGAAACUAUGUUGGAAUAUGAGGCUAUUUCGUAUACAUGGGCGAACGAAGCGGGCGAUAGCAAAAGGUGCCGACCUCUGUAUCUCGAUAAUAAUUGGUAUAGACUCCCUAUUACUGAAAAUUGCGAGGCGGCGCUUCGACGGUUCCGAUAUAGAAAAAAGGCAAGGUACCUAUGGGUAGACUCCAUAUGUAUUAACCAAGAAGAUGGCGACGAAAAACGUGAGCAGGUCGGGUUGAUGCCUGAGAUAUACUCUCGGGCGCGGAAUGUCUUAGUAUAUCUAGGAAAAGGCUCGAAGUACACAAGUGACGCAAUGUUCGCGCUCAACUCCGAUGAGCAAUCGUCUAAAAGAUAUGGGGAGGAUGGCCAAUACAUUAAUGAAAUAAAGUGGCUAUUUUCUCUUCCUUAUUUCUCCCGCAUCUGGAUUAUACAGGAAUUAGCUCUGGCUAGAGAUGCCAGCUUUUAUCAUGGACUCGACACUCAAUCGCUCGAGCUUCAACAUUCCCGAGAGAAAUUUGGGCGCAUAUUCAAAGAAGCUCACGCCGAAGAAGUCCUGCCUCUUUGGGCAAGACACUGCGAAAGACGCAAGCUGGGAUCCUGGGAAGAAAUUGGGAAUCUGAUAUUUGAUGGUAUGCCCAGCAAGGCUUCGAGACCAGAGGAUAAGAUAUUCGCCCUCUUUGGUAUGAUAGACGGCGCGAGCACGAAGGGACUGGUUGCGAACUACAAUCUUGCAGUAGAGCAGGUCUAUACUGGCAUCGCUACUCUCUUGAUGUCCAAUGGUCACUUAAUGAACCUCUUGGAGCGAGUGAGAAGCGGGAGAUCUCAAGCGAUACAUGAUAACCGACCCCUGGACCUCCCUUCAUGGGUUCCUGACUUUCGUUGCGCGGCCCACAACGACGAAAUCAAUCUGAGUCCUGAGUUCUGUCCGGUCUAUAUUCAACCGGACUCACCUAACCAACAUUCACAGCAUAUUCCCGAGGUGGUCCUCAGUCGGACUGGAUCCCUGGUUAUCCGUGGAUAUAGAAUACUAAGUGGUAUCGGCAUGGAAGGCUCGAAACUAGAGUAUACCUACAAUCAUAGCUCGGGAUUUAAGAUUAACGUCAAAUUCCAAAUACUAUUUAACUGGAUGAUGGACAUCAUCAUGUUACCGUGUAUUGGGGAUUCUAAGCCGUACGCGCUACAUCUUCGGAAGACUGAUAUUCGCGAUCAUACUAGUUGCUAUACCUUCAUUGGACUAUGCAAGGUUGGGCUACCUUAUAUAUUUGCCGACGGCGGCAAGAAGAUAGUGCUUCAACCUGAGCAUUUCCCUAUUCCUAGCGACCCCGAAAUCCUGACAGUGCAAAACUUUCUCAAGGAAAACCCUCAUAUAGAUCUCAAGUUCAGUCCUUGGAGGUUACGAUUCUCUCCGGUAGGCAAAGAUUAUUCGAGGCUAGGAUGUUCUUAA